UCGUGAUUCCUCUCUCUCUCUCUCUCUCUCUCUCUAAGAAGGAGAAGAAGAAGAAGAAGUAGUAGUAGUUAGAGAGAGAUGCUAGAAAACAUUCAGUCAGCUCCAGCAACGGAAUCGGCCACAGUGGUGAAGCGCUAUGCUCCUCCCAAUCAAAGGAGCCGUUCUACCAACAGGCGCAAGUCAUCUGACCGGCUUGAUCGAACAAACAGUGUUGGGAAUGAUUUAGAAAAGAAUCAAGUUGCUUCUUCAAGAAAUUUUCAAGUUCCAGAUCACAGAGAUGCUGGUAGCAGUAAUCUUCUUAAUGAGAAUCAUUAUUCAAGGUUCAUAGCUUUAGAAGGGUGUAGUUGCAGUCCAGCUUCCCAGCUUCUUAUUGAUCGUUGGACAGCUGCAAUACAUUCCUACAAUAAUCUCAAAGAUUCAUCUGAAAAGCCAGUUAUGUAUUCCGGUGGAACAUCAGUAUGGACUCAGUUUAGACUCCCUCAUCAGAUUAUGUCCCCAGCUGCAAGUGCUUCAUCUUCUGUGUCACAGCUGGACUUCCUGGGAGAACUUCAACGCCAAAUGCAAAGUGCUAAUCCUAGUUUCAGCAUAUGAUUAUUUAAUAAAGUUUUUGACUGAAUCUGGAUUUGCUGAAUGCUUUAAGGAGACUUAGAUGCUCAGCUACCUGUUUUUUUGUGACUUUGUGACAUUGAUAUGUCAAACUGAUUGCAUAGUGUUUGUAACUGAAAAUCAGAGUUUCUGCCGCGCCUGUGUAUGUGUAAGUUGGGAUGUCGUCCAUUCAGGAUUCAUAUUUAAAUAUUUACUCUGUAUGCUUGCGAAAAAUAGUUUUCAUAGUUUACAGAGGUUUGGUAUGACCAUUUUUUGGUUGUUGUAAAAAAUGAAGAAACUAGAAGCUAAAAUUCAUGAUAUAACUGACAUGCACUAUUAUAACCUC